AUGUCUUACAUUAACAACAACAGAUAUAACGGCGGUGACAAUUACAACAGACACGGAAACGGUAGAGAGGGUGGUUCUUACAGAGAGAAUGGGGGCUAUAAUCAACACCGUGGAGGUUAUCGUCAAGGAGGCGCUGGCCGUGGUCGCUACGAACAACAAAGAAUUGAAUUGGUCAAGCCAGAUUGGGAUUUAGAGGCAUUGCCUAAGUUUGAGAAGAACUUUUAUAUUGAAAAUGAAGUAGUUGCUGCUAGAAGUGAUGCUGAAGUUAACAGCUUCCGUCGUGAGCAUGAUAUGACAAUGGUUGGUGAAGAUAUUCCCAAACCAGUUACUACAUUUGAAGAAGCUGGAUUUCCAGAUUACGUGUUAAGUGAAGUUUUAAAGCAAGGUUUCGAAAAGCCUUCUGCUAUUCAAUGUCAAGGUUGGCCAAUGGCCUUGAGUGGUAGAGAUAUGGUUGGUAUUGCUGCUACUGGUUCCGGUAAGACUUUGUCGUAUGCUUUACCAUCUAUUGUUCACAUCAAUGCUCAACCUUUAUUACAACCUGGUGAUGGGCCAAUUGUGUUGGUCUUGGCUCCAACAAGAGAAUUAGCUGUUCAAAUUCAAACUGAAUGUUCCAAGUUUGGUAGAUCUUCAAGAAUCAGAAACACCUGUAUCUAUGGUGGUGCUUCCAAGGGUCCUCAAAUUAGAGACUUAGCUAGAGGUUCUGAAAUUGUUAUUGCUACCCCAGGUAGAUUGAUCGAUAUGUUGGAAGCCGGUAAGACCAACUUGAAGAGAGUUACCUAUUUAGUCAUGGAUGAAGCUGAUAGAAUGUUGGAUAUGGGUUUCGAGCCUCAAAUCAGAAAGAUUGUUGAUCAAAUUAGACCUGAUCGUCAAACUUUAAUGUGGUCCGCUACUUGGCCAAAGGAAGUUAAGGCUCUUGCUAGAGACUAUUUGAUUGAUCCUAUUCAAGUUACCAUUGGUUCUUUAGAAUUGUCUGCAUCUCAUACUAUUACUCAAUUGGUUGAAGUUAUCAGUGAGUUUGAAAAGAGAGACAAAUUAGUCAAGCAUUUGGAAUUGGCUACUGAGACCAACAAGGAAGCUAAAGCUUUAGUUUUUGCUUCAACUAAGAGAGCUUGUGAUGAAAUCACUACUUACUUGAGAUCUGAUGGAUGGCCUGCAUUGGCUAUUCAUGGUGACAAAGCUCAACAAGAAAGAGAUUGGGUUUUGAACGAAUUUAGAAACGGGAACUCUCCUAUUAUGGUGGCUACUGAUGUCGCUGCCAGAGGUAUUGAGAACACAAGAAAUCGAAUGAAUGUCAAGGGUAUUUCUUAUGUUAUCAAUUACGACAUGCCUGGUAAUAUUGAAGAUUAUGUUCACCGUAUUGGUAGAACUGGUAGAGCUGGUACAUCUGGUACUGCUGUUUCCUUCUUCACUGAAGCCAACAAGAACUUGGGUGGUGAUUUGUGUAAGAUCAUGAGAGAAGCCAACCAAGAGAUUCCUGCUGACUUGAGGCGUUUUGAUAAGAGAUCUUAUGAUUCUCAUAUUAGAUACGGUAGAGGUGGAUACGGUGGAAGAGGUGGUAGAGGUUGGGGUGGCCGUGGUGGAAGAGGUGGUAGAGGUGGUAGAGGUGGAAGCUACCAAUCUGGAUCCAACACUGCUCCUUUGUCUCACAGAAGAUUCUAG